AUGCUUCUUCCUAUUUCCCUCCUGCUGUUGGCUGCAGUCUUGCAGCUGUCUUUAGGACAGGAUUCCUCAGAACCACUGGGUGAGAUCUCUGAAGCAGAUCAGAAUGGAAUUAUUAACGCUCACAAUGAGAUCAGGAGAGGGGUAUUACCAACAGCCAGCAAUAUGCUGAAAAUGACAUGGAAUCAGAAAGUUAGUGAGAACGCCAGGAAUUGGGCUGCAAAAUGUCAAACAAAAAUAAGUCCUUUAGAAAACAGAAUUCUGGAUGGAAUCUAUUGUGGUGAGAAUUUUUUAAAAGCAACUCAUCCCUUAUCCUGGACAAAAGUAAUCAAAGUCUGGCAUGAAAGAAGAGCUUAUUUCAAGUAUGGCAUUGGGUCAAUCAAGGGUAAUCAUUACAGUGAUCCAUUUACUCAGCUCAUUUGGUAUAAUUCAUACCUGACUGGAUGUGCAGUUGCCCACUGCCCAGAGCAUCGUACUCCUUUCUUAUAUUUCUGCCAGUAUUGCCCUGGUGGGAACAUAGUAGAAAAAUUAUCAAGACCUUACAAACAAGGCCCAUCAUGUGGAGACUGCCCUCGCAACUGUGAGGAUAAACUCUGCACCAACCCUUGCAAGUACAGAGAUGAGAUAGAAGGUUGUGAUGUACUGCAAAACAUAUCGAGCUGUGAUGAAGCACUGUUGAUAGAAAAGUGCAAGGCCACCUGUCAAUGCAGAACAGAAAUUAAGUAA